CUUAACAAACGCCCGCCCGCCCCUUACCAGAGUUGAGAAGAAUAAAAAACAAUGUUUCCCCGCCUACCAGGACCCAUAACAGAUGACAUAUUUCUGGGUGCCACCACCACAGUACGAACAGCAUUUCCAAAUUCACGCCUAGACUCGCUAACCAAUCACAAUCAGCAACCAUCAACACUACAUCAUGGCAACAAUCAUCAGCAACAUAAUUACGCUCAGCCCACACCAACACCGGCCAGCAAUGGCCAUCCACAAUUGCUAUCACCUUACGAUCCAACGAUAUCGGCUGAUUUUCUAGCUACCGCAACAUUAAAUGAGGCGGCUGGUUCGGCCAUCGAAACUGUGGCAAAUAGUUUAGCAGCAGCUGGUAGCGGCAAUAGCGGUAGUAUUAGUAGUAUUAGCAAUAGUUUUUUACCUGCCAACAAUGAUGACGAUGACUUUUGGUUGAAUGCCAUCGAAGAGGAUACCUUUGAGUCGCCAUUGGCGUUUGAUGCCAGCGAGAAUGGCCUGUGGAAUGGACGUUUUGUACCACCGCCACCAAGGCCACCCUUUUUGGAUGAGAGCGUCUCAGCGGAUGGUCUAACAACCUGUGAUCUGUGUACUUGGGCAUGGCAACGUAAUGCCUAUUCAUUGGAUGGUUCGAUAGAUACAUCUGGAGAACUUGGUUGGGCUUUUACCUUGAUUGUAGUUUCAAUUCUAUCAGCUCUUAUUGGUGCUAUUAUUAUGGUCAUAGUUCUAAGGUGUAGAAGAAUUAAAUCAGCCAAUGCUAAUGGACGACCCCAGCCCUGGUGGUGCCGUAACAAUCGUAAUGCUGCCACAAAUGGCCGCAAUUCUUUGUCAGCCAAACAUUCGGCCGACAGUAUACGAAGGCCUACCAGCAACUCGGGCGUUUGGACCUGGCUGGGCGGCAGUCGACGCUCUUCGGAAGGUCCCGAUCAAAUUGGUCCACCCUCUUCUUCGCCGGCUGAAAAUCAUUAUACCCAUAUGGAUGAUGCUUAUAGUCCAGUGGGUGUAAGCGAGGCUUUAUAUGCGGAAUUGGAUCGUGAAUCGGUGCGCUCCAAUAAUCCCUCAUAUCAAAAUACCGGUUACAGUCAGUGUGGAGAUAAAUACAAUUUCCAACAUCAGGAACAAGAUAUACCCAUGGUGGUCUCUUCGGCCCCCAGUAGUGCUUAUUAUUCCGAUUUAUCGGUUACCGCUGUGCCCAGCGGUUCUAGCGGCUCUAACGAAAGAGCUUAUGAAAUUGUGGGCCUGACCGUUAUGAAUCAGCCUAUACCCAAUUGGGAUGGUGGCGGUGGUGCUGGCGUUGCGGCCACUGCUCCCCAUUUAGUGCCCAAUGCUGAGGGUAUGGCCUCACAGCGAAGGAUACCACGUUUAGCAGCCAUCACUGAGACCAGUACAACAACGGUACCGUCAGAUUAUGUAUGAGAUGAAAGUAAAUUUUAAUUAGUUUUAUAAGUAAAAAAAAA